GAGGAGAGUGACAGAGAAGACUGCCUGGUCACCCUCUUUAACAGGAUUGCCGACCUGCACAAUGAGAAAGUGUUCUCAGUGCGCUUUGCAGACGGCGAGCAGGUGAACCGCUUGAGGAAGCGCCUCGGUACCUUAGUCUUCUUCCCAUGGAUUCAGCUGGAGCAGGCAAACUUUGCGCUGCAGCUGCACAACUUUGAUGAGCGAACAGCCCUGUGUUUGAUCAUCCACUUGGCCAAGAAGGAGCGGCUGACCAACAUCCAAAGGCCCCGAUGGAUCAAAGGCGAUGGAACGGAGGAUCCGCUUACCUUUGGAUUGCCUCGCAGUUGGGAGACUUUCUCCAAUAUUCCCACAGAGGGGACCGUCUACAUCAGCUAUAAAUGUGCACCCGAAGAUCGGAACUUCAAGGUCAGGAAAAGCCACUUGGAGACCUACAGCAAUUGGGUUUGUGAUGUGACAGAGAAUGAGGUGCUGUGGUGGGCCUCCACCAACGAAGUGCCAGUGGACGUGAUGGAGUUCUUGGAGUUUCUGAUAGAGGACUAUGAUGACGUCUAUGAGGCCUUUGAUGAUAUUAAGCGACCGUGCGACACUGAGUCUGACUGGGUGAUCUAG